UCACGCCUCCUUCCUGCACCAGUCACCACCACAACCUUCUUCAAAUUCACCACCUAAAUCCGCCACCUACAACCACAUAAAUCCGCCACCUAAACAAACAACAAAACGAAAUAUACAGAGACAGCGGCGGCGUAUUUAUUAAUCGGCGGCGGAGAGAUCUCCAGUGAGGUAGGGUCGCCGAUAGAGUGUCUCCACUCUCCAGUGAGGUAGGGUCGCUGCUCGGAGUAGCCUAUGAUGAUUGGCCGGCGAUGGAAGGGGGAGUGUGCUGCCAUGGAGGUGACAUCCAUGGCAGACGCAACAAAGUUGCAGGAGUUGGGGUAAGGUGUGGCGGAGGAAAUAGGCGGUGUCGAGGGAGAGGAGUUUGAAGGAGGGCUGGGCGGCGGUGAUGCGAGACGGCGGCGGUGUCCAGGGAGAGAAAUUUGAAGGAGUGGGUGGGUGUCGGUGGGGCCAGACGGCGGCGGUGCAGAAUUUAUUAGUGGCUCGGAGGUGGGCCGACGGAAAUGGGGAAGAAGACAACACUCUUGGAUCCCAUUUCACUUCUUCUUCCUCUAGGAAUGAAUUUCUCGAAGAUGUUUCCACCUUUACAUUUGCUGGUGACGUCAUGCCAUUAAAUGUGCUGCCUCAGGAGUCAUCCACCACACUGAAAGAACCACCGGGCGUGGUUUUUUCUGAAAAUUUGACCGAAUCGACCUCAGACGACACUAGUUCUCGAAUCACUAGACAACUCACUGAAGAAUCAAAUUCAAUCGGUAGUGGCGGCAAAAACCAGUCUUUAGAUGCGAAUCCCAUAAGACAGGUGAUCGAUAAGGCUGUGGCAGAUAAGGGUCUUUCUCGAAAAGUGGGACCACAAAAACUACAACGCUCUUCCCAAAUCUCCGGCAAAACUAGAACCAAGAAACAGAACGAACAAACCGUACCUUCAGAUGCUCGUAUUUGUCAGCUCAAAGAUCAACUCAUUCGAGCAAAGAUUUACCUUUCCCUCUUGUCAACUCGCAACAACCCUCACUUUAUAAGGGAGCUGCGUUUGCGUAUCAAAGAAGUUCAGCGAGCACUCGGAGAUGCCACCAAAGAUUCCGAACUGCCAAGAAAUGCUUCAGAGAGGUUCAAAGCAAUGGAGCAAACACUGUUGAAGGGGAAACAAAUGGACGAUGAUUGUUCCUCUGUGGUAAAGAAACUCCGAGCGAUGCUUCAUUUAUCUGAAGAUCAGCUACGGGCCCACAAGAAACAUGCCUUGUUUUUGACGCAAUUAACCGCCAAGAUGAUCCCUAAAGGACUUCAUUGUCUCCCUCUUCGCCUUACAACGGAGUAUUUCACUUUGAACUCAUCUAAACGGGAUUUUCUCAACAAGGAAAAUGUAGACAAUCCCAAUCUAUACCAUUACGCCUUGUUUUCCGAUAAUGUAUUGGCUGCCUCAGUUGUCGUAAACUCGACAGUAACCCACACAAAGGAUCCUUCGAAACAUGUUUUCCAUGUGGUAACCGACAAGCUUAAUUACGCUGCAAUGAAAAUGUGGUUUUUGGCGAAUCCACCUGGCAAAGCGACUAUACACGUUCAAAAUGUCGACGAGUUCACAUGGCUAAAUUCGAGUUACAGCCCGGUUCUUAGGCAGCUCGGUUCUGCCUCAAUGAUCGAUUACUAUUUCAAGAAUCGGAGAGCUGAAUCCGAUUCCAACUUGAAAUUCAGAAAUCCAAAGUACCUAUCCAUAAUGAACCAUCUCCGUUUUUAUCUUCCGGAGAUUUUUCCAAAUCUUGACAAGAUUUUGUUUCUAGACGAUGAUGUCGUUGUCCAAAAAGAACUCACUGGCCUUUGGUCUCUUGAUUUAAAUGGCAAAGUCAUUGGAGUUGUCGAAACAUGCGGAGAAAGCUUUCACCGAUUCGAUCGGUACUUAAAUUUUUCGAACCCUCUUAUUUCUCGGAGUUUUAGUCCACGUGCUUGUGGCUGGGCUUUCGGAAUGAAUAUAUUCGAUUUGGAUCAAUGGAGGAAGCAAAAUAUUACACAAGUGUACCAUAAAUGGCAGAAUCUGAAUCAUGAUCGAUUGUUGUGGAAAUUGGGGACACUGCCACCUGGACUGAUAACUUUCUGGAACCAUACUUAUGCUCUUGACAAAGCUUGGCAUGUGUUGGGGCUUGGUUAUAAUCCAGGUGUAGCUCAAAGAGAUAUUGAUCGAGCGGCGGUUAUACAUUACAACGGUAAUUUGAAACCGUGGCUUGAGAUAGGUAUUCCUAAGUUUCGAAGCUAUUGGGCAAAAUUCGUGGAUUAUGAUCACGUUUAUUUGCGGGAAUGCAAUAUCACUCCUUAGAUUAGAGACUAACACCAUUUUUUAUUUUUGAGGUGAUGAUGAAAUGCGCAUGUAUUUGUAAAUGAUUCAACGCAGAGUCGCCAUGCGUCCAAUGCGAUUACGUUCGAUCAUAUGACAUUGAUCUUUCGGACAAAAAAAUGUUAAAUUAUUGAAACAUGAGGGACUAAAUCUAUUUUUUUUAUGAACAUGGGGACUAAAUAUGAAAUUAAGGUAAACUUGAGGAGUAUCGUAC